UGAGAAUGCGUGCGUGUUGGCUGGCCCCCCCCUGUCAGCAAACCCCUGUGCAUGCGGCUCACAACGGCUGAGCUUAUCCUUGGGCCCUCCUCCUCCCCCACCCCAUCGCCAUGGGGGUGGCCGCCGUCUGGCCCUCGCAGAGGGCAACGGGAUGCGAUAGGCGAACUUCGCUGGCGGGCCAGUAGCCCGUCCGUCCUGGCACCCUCGGGCGCGCAUUGAGGGACCGUUGACAGGGUCGGGAUCUUCGCUUCCGCUUGGCGCAUCCCCUCGCGUGCCGUCUCCCUCUGACCAUGCCACCCAUCGUCUGAUCUAGGCCGCUUUCCCCUGGUCUGCCGGUGUCUCUUCUUUCUAUUCUUCCCUAUUACCCUAUGAUCUGCUGCUGUUUUCGCCAUGCCGGUUUCUUUUUUUGCCUAUUCUCUUCUUUCGUGAUGCCCUAUCGUCGACCGCUUUAACCAGGGGGAGAUGAUUGCACACAUGUUUUCUCUUCUUCUUUGCUACCGCUUAUUCUAAUACGGCUAGUUUGACCUGGUUGUUUUGUUCCGCGUAAAGAUUGACAGCAGACCAACCCGGGUUUUCUUCACUUCGUGCUAUCCCCCUUUUUUCCCAUUCUCCCAGUUGGUUGUCCCCGCGGCGGGAAACCAAACGCAAAGAUGGUGGCGAGGGAAACAAACACACUGUCGAAACGGCGUUUAAUGAUGCGGCUCGGCUUACUGUCCCUCUUAUUAAUACUGCCAUCCGCGAGCGGCAGCAUAUUGGUGGCACGGGACAGCGAUGUCACGGGACUGCAACCGAUAUCGAGAAGACAUGGCGGCGACAGUGGCGAGCUCCAAGUGCCGGUCGUGGAUGUUAUGGAGCGUUUGAGACGCUGGGCAGUCGGACCGGGGCCGGCAGCAUCACCAUCAAGCCAGGAGCAAGAGGAGCAAGAUCUGAAGGCCGCGAGGGCACUAGCACUGGGUCACGAGAGGAGACAUGCCUACCAACGAAGGGACUCGGAGGACGAACCGACGACGAGUAAACGGGAAAGCGAGGAGGAGGAGGACGCCGCCGCAACGGCACCGGAUCCGCUCAUCACCCCAGGGCCGAGGUAUCCGCCAUGCCUGGCCGGCGGCCACGCGCUAGGUCGGCGCCAGAACGACGGCCAGAUCCAGGCGCUGAGCGGGGAGAUUCAGCGACUGUCGCAGUCGUUCGACUCGGCCACUCAGGCGUCGCGGUCCGUGUCGCAGGCGUCGCAGCAGCUGUCGCAGUCGGUCCAGCAGCUGUCGCAGUCGACGGCGCGCUUCCAGGCCGAUGCCCGGCAGGCGCAGGAGAGCGCCCGCCGCGCAGAGGACAACGCCCGCCAGGCCGGCGAGGCCGCCAACCGCGCGUCACAGUCGGCCUCGAGCGCCAUCGCGAGCGUGUCCAGCAGCGCCAGCUCCGCCCUUUCGUCGGCCCUGGCCAGCGCCUCGAGUAGUGCGAACGCGGCCAUGGCACAGGCCAGCCGCGACGCGGCUCGUAUCCAGGACCAAGCCGCCAGCCAAGUGGAGGCGGCGCGGGCUGACGCCACUCUCGCUCGGACCGAGGCGAACACGCAGGUCUCCCAGGCACAGGGCGCAGCCGUCUCGGUGACGCAGGCAGCCCUCGCCGUGGUUGGAACAUUUAUCGCGUCCUCGCUCCUCAGCAUAGCAGUCUUCUACCUCAUCUUGCGCUGCCGCAACAGGAACCGCGACAGCAAGAAGGUGGGCGGCGUCAGGCGCAAAAUCUCGGCGCCGACGCAGUUCCGCAAGACCGAGAGCGGCCUGGGCGCCGCAUACGGCAGCACCGACAACCUCAUGCGACGGAACGACGCCCCCGCCGGCCCCGCCCCCAUGGGCAUGCCGGCACCGGCGUACAACGUCGGCGGCUACCCACGCGACGUCAAGCCGCCGGUGGCGCUGGCCGCGGCCAGCAACAGCAACUCGGGCGCAACCACACAGUACGCGGCCAACCGGAGCAGCAGCAUCUACGACAGCCCCGGGGCCGUGGUCGGCAACCCGCCGGCGGUCGCCAAGUUCUCCAUCUUCCCCAAGAGCUCCGCCGCCACGUCCGGGCCCGGCAGCCCCGGCUUCCCUCCCGACAAGAGGAGCAGCCGCGGGUCGAGGCCGCCGAGCCUGCAGCAGUGGCUCAAGGCCGGCGCCGUCAGCCCCUUUGGCACCAUGCCUAGGAACCCCCUCAGCGGGAACAGCAUCAAUAGGCCGGCCGUCGGGCGGCUUCCCAAGCCCACCAGCGGCGGACCAAUGAUGCAGCCGAGGACCAAGCUUCCUUUCAGGGAAGACUAGGCGCUCGUGUGUUUGUUUCCCCGCCACACUAUCUUUUCCUUUUUUUUGUUUGUAUUUUUAUAAGCCGUUUAUUCCCCCAUACUAUGUUUUCUGAUAGUGUGUGUUGGUUAUCCCCAGCCGUGGCGGUUACAGGAUACAACACGCCAAAGCUGCGAGGCGACUUCUUGUCUUUUGCGCAUCUUUCUUCGUCCCUCAUUUGUUUGAGCGCAGGUGCCGGAUAGGUAGCUACAUGUCUCGCUUUGAAUGAUAUCCCGGACCAGAGACACAAUAAAACGGUCCAAGCGUUGCUUCUGCUAUAACC